AUGUCGGCAGACCCAGCUCCGACAUUGAAGAUACGCAGAGGAAAGAAAAAUUCGAAGUCAUGGACGCGUGCAGCACACAGGACGCGCAGCGCGGCGAAGCGUUCGCAGGUAUCUGGGGUUCAGGAGGAGCCAUCACGAGACGAAAGUGUGGUGGCUCACGUAUUUGAGCGAGACCCCAACAAUUAUGGUGAAGCGAUACGCAGCAGCAAACGCGAAGGCUGGGAGAAAGCUAUGCGUGAAGAGCUCGAAGCGCUCGAAGACAACGGCGUGUGGCGCUUGAUCAAGCGGCCAUCCGGAAGCAACACACUACACACCAAGUGGGUCUUCAAGACAAAGACGGACGCGAACAGCGACAUAGAACGACUCAAGGCGCGACUGGUCGCGUGUGGAAACGAGCAGGUCUUUGGUAUCGACUACCAGCUCACCUUCGCGGCAGUCAUGGACAUGUCUACGGUGAAGGUGCUUUUGGCUCUGGCGGCGACGUGGGGCGUACCCGCUAAACACGGUGAAUACCGAAUGCGUAUGUGA